AUGCCUGCUGUCCGCCAACGUGUCCGCCAUUCUGCAAGGCUUCAAGCAGACGCUCGAAGUCGCCCAAAGGCGAUGGAGUUACCCCCCCCAUCCAUCCACAUCCCGCCUGCCGGACCGAAGAUAAUUGUCCAUUGGACCAAACCUUCAGAUCUCCACCACACAGACACUCUGGUGCGGCAUCUUUCCACUAAUUCUGCAGAUGCUCGCGUACUAUUCUACGAGGGGAAAAAAACCACUGCUUCUAACAAUGAUGAGCGUCCUUCUGGAAAGGACAAAGGGGAAAUCCAUCGGUUCUUGGCGAAACUGAUCUUUGAGAAGGACUCGGAUUAUUCAGCGGCAUAUGCUGAGGACCCAAAGAAAUUUGACGUCGUGGUGGGCAACCGCAUUGUAUCUCUUAAGAAGUUGUUCAAGGAGCAACUCAACAAAUUCAACAAGACCGGUGCUGGUGUCACCCCCCUUGACGAAAACGCAGCAGCUAAUCUACACAAACAAGUACUGCUCGAGUUCCCGUGGUACGACCAACUCCACCCCAUCCUGUUUUCUAACCCGACGUGUGGCGCCAAAAUUUUCACCUCCCAGCCGGGAGUCGACCAUGCCAGGGACUUCUAUGCACUUAUUCAUCCACGUGGGGGGGCUGGUCCCUCCACGAACACAGAGCCUCCUGGCCCUCGACUCCUUCAACCGGACCCUCGACUCCUUCAACCGGACCCUCGACUCCUUCAACCGGACCCUCGACUCCUUCAACCGGACCCUCGACUCCUUCAACCGGACCCUCGACUCCUUCAACUGGACCCUCGACUCCUUCAACCGGACCCUCGACUCCUUCAACCGACCCCUCACCUCCUUCCCCCAAACCCUCGGCUCCCUCCCCCAAACCCUCAGCCCCCUCUCCAAGACUCUCGGCUCCCUCUGCCAAACCAACUUGACACUGGCGCUCAGCGCAGUCCCCCAGCUUACCUUCCCCCUUCACAUCACCCCCCUCCUCAUUUCACUGGCGCCGGGGGCAGUCCAGUUGAUGACCCAGAUGGUGACCUCUAUGAUGACCCUUACGCCGAUGACAAUGGCCCUCUCUCUGCUCCCCUUGGGAACGCUGUCUUAAUAACCGAGGGUCUUAUAUGA